AGUUACCGACUAUCUUCAUUUGCAACACAUCAUAUUUGAUCAGAGUCAACUAAUUACAGAACAAGAACAAACAUUGAACUAUUUGAGAGUCAUAUUCAAACAAAUCUUGCAGGCGACAUUUGAGUCAGACGAAUACUCUCCAAACCCAUUGACUUCUGAGAUUGCUACAAACUUGGUUACAUUGUUAAUGAGUGAUUUAGUCUUGAAUAGGCUUGUGGAAAAGUUAUCAUCCCCUGAAUUUAUAUUAGUGACUGUUGUAAACACGAUAGUAACCAAAUUAAUUGAUUUGAUUAAUGGGAAGAAUAGAGUUGUCACACAGACUAGGACCGGCUGGAGUGCUAAGCUUAAACAAUUCCUAAAUUCUUCAUAUCACAAGAUUAGUGACUUCAUUGUGAAUAUUUCAUAUGGUACGAAAAACAUAAUUCAAGGUUCACCCGAAGAAGAAGAUAUUCCGUUUGACGUAUUUGACAAUUCCUUGGUGAAGCUAAUAAACACAAUAACUAAUUUCAGUGAACGAAAGCCAUUAGUGACAAACUUUCUCACAUUUAUUAGAAGUGCAUUAAAAUUGAACGAGAAAUUGAAUAUGAAAGUGAAUUCUAUUUGUUCCAGAUACAUUGCCAAUAAAAUCAAGACUUCAUUGACUGAGGAUUUCAUAUCAGGAGUCAUAUCUGACUUACGAAUAAAGCUAUUCUAUCCGGAGAACAACUCAGAUAAUGAAGAAGUUACACCUACAGUCAACCACAUAACUGACAAAUUCAUAGAUUUGUACCAGGAUAGAUUACCCCAACUUCUUGGGGGAUACGUUGGGUCCAAUUUGCUCAAGUAUGAUAAAGAAUCCGACCAAGAGCAACGGGAAUCUAUAAAACGAAUGUUGAUAAUUUUUAACCUGGUAGAUAUCAAGGAUGAGAUUGGCCAACCAGCUACCAGAAUGAACAAACUACUAAUUAUGAAAGUUUUGGAUUGUAUAGUUGCAAAUUUAUACCCAGAAUUAUUAUGAUCACGUGAUGAAGUAAUUCUGAUCCCGAGAGGGUCAGUUGAUUUUUUUUUAAGUAUUUUUAUACGAAUAUACGAAAUC